AAAAGUCCAGCAACGGACAAAUGUGCAAUAAAACGCAUGAAGGGCGAAGCCUGAUAACAGUGGUGGUUCCCUUUUUCCUGUCCCUGCUCCCGUAGAAAGAAACGCAGCCAUUACACACCCAUCAUGGAAAAGUACGAGAAGAUAUCCAAGAUCGGUGAGGGAUCCUACGGGGUGGUGUUCAAGUGCCGAAAUAGAGACACGGGACAAAUGGUAGCUGUUAAGAAAUACGUCGAAACGGAGGACGAUCCACUCAUCAAAAAGAUCGCUCUUCGAGAAAUACGCAUGCUCAAGCAACUGAAACACCCUAACCUUGUGAACCUGAUCGAAGUUUUUAGGCGGAAACGAAAACUGCAUUUAGUGUUCGAGUAUUGCGACCACACUGUGCUCGACUUCUUGGAAAAGCAUCCCAAAGGCGUCCCAGACACACUGACGAAACGUAUGGUAUGGCAGACAAUCCAAGGCGUCAACUUUUGCCACAUGCAUAACUGCAUUCACCGCGACAUCAAGCCCGAAAACAUUCUGCUCACUAAAGAAGGAAUUGUGAAGCUGUGCGACUUUGGAUUCGCCCGUCCCCUCAGCCCCGGGGAGCAAUACACAGACUACGUUGCGACGCGGUGGUACCGUGGGCCCGAGCUUCUGGUAGGGGACACGCAAUAUGGACCUCCGGUGGACGUCUGGGCAGUGGGCUGCGUAGCAGCGGAACUCAUGCGGGGAGAAGCCCUUUGGCCAGGAAGGUCGGACGUCGACCAGCUGUUCCUCAUCCGAAAGACGUUAGGCGAGCUGAUUCCAAGGCACUUGCACAUCUUCAAGACCAACGAGUUCUUCGCAGGAGUAUCCAUUCCCGACCCAGAAGUUUCAGAGCCUCUGGAAAACGCCAUUCCUCCAACGGUUGAUGCAGCGGGGAUCGAUUUUCUCCGGCGGUGCCUCGAUAAAGACCCAACUCGCCGGUGGACUUGUGAGCAACUACUCCAACAUCCUUAUCUUAGCGACUGUCAAAUUCCUGAACUCGAACUCGCCAGUGCACGGCGCGAAAGGUCCAAGCACAGCAGCAGGUACCGUGACUCGGUGCUGCCACAGUUACCUCCGGGUGGCUUUCCCACCCCCGAUGUGAGAGCAUCGCAGCUGCAUUCCCGGAGGGCACCACCGCAGCGCAAGCUGGAUCCCUUGCCCAACAUAUGACCGAGCGGAAUAUAUCGCACACAACUGCCCACCUGGGCCUGGCUACGUUAGGGACGGCGUCAGUGUGUGUUCGGCGGAGAAGCGCAUUUUGAGGACGAUGAUCGCCUACUCUGAUGGAACUAUGAUCGUGUAAAAAGCAUUCGUUAUUGAGUGUAGCUUUCUUGACACAUGUUUUCCUACGAGGUGAACUUUCUUCUUUUUUCAUUCUGUAAAGAAUGUUGUCCAUCUUAACUCAUAAGGUUCACAAAAUGUACCACAAGGUAUGUAGAGUCACUCAGAGAGAGAAAAGACAAUUACUGAAUCAA